AUGACCGAUGAGCACGGAUGGCUGGACUUAGGUGCAAUGGAAUCAAAGCACGAUGGGAGCAGCGAGUUCGCAUCACGGCAUCAGGCAAGAAUGGCUGCGAAGAAAGCCAUGAUUCAUUUGGAUUGCAGUCGCAGAGUCCAAAAGGCAUUGACCCGGAACGCAGCUCCGAUCAAGGAGGAUUACCAGCCAGGUGAUUAUGUCGUGUAUCGGCGAGAUGCUCAGGCUGGUGGAACGAAGUGGAGCAGCGCAUCAAGAGUGAUCGGUAAGGAAGGGUCAGAGUCGAUUUGGGUUAUACACGGUGGAGUGCCGGUAUUGUGCUCAGUUCAUGCCCUACGCCCAGCUACCGAAGAAGAAGUCAUGUCUCAUUGCAUGCUACAGGGGAUCCCGUUGCUGCCUACAGAGUUGACAGAGGGACCCAGAGGCAAGAAAGCAUACAUUGACAAGCGUCAAAAGACAGAACCAGCAAAAGCAGCUAAGCAGCCUGACGCGAAGAAGCGGAAACAAGAGGGAGCAGCGUCCAAGGACAUUCCCAUUCCAAGCAGCAGCGAAAGCAGCUCAAGCUCAGAGUCCAGUGAUGAAAGCGAAGGACAAGGGAAUACAGCAAUAGAUAAGACGGGCACAAUCCCGGAACAUCAAGCUGAGCAGAACAACACCGCGCAUGAAGCACAUCAAGCAGAUGGAAAUACAAUGACGGAGUGUGAAAGGCUAGCCAAACAGGCCUUGGAACACGAAGAUUACACUCCGAGAACAUGUUUGCAGGUGUUGAGAGCAUGUCAGUUCCCGAAGAAGAGGAAGCGGGACAUCAAUCAGACCGGUGAGUGCAUGAGCUUUGGAACUUAUGCGCAUGGUCCGUUUUCAGGGGUGACAAAAGCAACAUUGGAGCACCCAUGGCUUGUUCUGUAUGUGAACGAGUACCUACGCGCACGUGGGGCUACGGAGGGGUGGUCCAGCUUCGUGAUUCAUUUGAAUGCAGAGACCCCGAAGCACACGGACAACCACAACAUGCCAGGAUCGGUGAAUCAACUCACCAGCUUAGGACCUCACGAAGGAGGACAGAUAUGGGUUCAAGACCCUGGAGGCCAGUCCAAGCGCAUGGAUUACGAAGGUCAGGAUGGGAGAAUUCUGAAGUGCAAGCACAGGGUCGUGACAUUCGGACCUGAUCAGGCGCAUGCUACACUUCCUUUUGAAGGUGAGAGAUGGUCUAUUUCAGCAUACGCCAGUCGAGGUUUUCCUAAAUUGACAAAGCAACAGCACAAGGACCUCGCUGAUCAAGGGUUUAAUGUGGAACCAUUGAAAGCACUAGCCAGAGCAACAGGGAGUUCGUGCAUGACAGCCGAUUGUCAUCAGGGAGAACAUCAUCAGGACGACGUCAAGGUCGUGGACACUCAGGCGAAGGAGUCAGUGACGCAAGAGCGCGACCUCCCCAUGGAAUCAUUGAUGACCCGAGGUAUGACUGAGGAUCAUUGGCGUGUGGCUACGGGAUUCUUCUUCAGGGUGCACAUGAAGCCCAGAACAGGCCUCUACACCCCAAGUGCCGAUGAUUUCCCAGGUGAUAUUAGUCGGGUGAGUCACACAAGGGUAACACACAAAACCUUUUCAGGUGGAAGAACAGAUCAUGUUACCGAUGAGUGGGGAAUGGUUCGCGAAGCAGAUGAGAAUUCAGAUGGACCGUGGACGGGAUUCACGUUGUUCAAGUAUGCUGAUACUGAGGCGGAAUUAUCUUCAUUACCUCAGGCGCAGGUGGAGUCAGCGGAGUAUCAGGCAUUCUUGAGUGACAGAAUACUACCCAAAAAUGAACCGUUCGGUGAAGCAGUGAAUGGUAAGAAGCCGAAGAAGCUUGACAUCAACAGAGUGGAUGAGAAAACAGCCCAAGGGAUUCACGAGGCCCGAGGACAAGAAUGGGAAAAGUACAAACAGUACAAUGCAGCAGUUCCCAUUAUGGGACCAAUGCUAGAAGGCCUACUUCGAGAAGGACACAUCCCGAUCCCAAGCCAGUGGGUGGAUGUCGACAAGAACGAAUUCAAGAAAGGUCGGAGCGACUACCAGCCAAGGUACAGGAGCAGACUGGUGUCGUGCGGAAACUACGAGAACGUCUCCCGAAAUGAGCUAAGGUGUGAUGCGCCCACGGUGGACGCAGAAACCCAUUGUCUGAUCGCAAGUUACGCGGCUUGCCGCAAGAUAAAGCUCAGGUGCGGGGAUAUCUCUUCGGCAUACUUUCAGUCAGAACCGCUGGAAAGGGUAAUCAUCAUGAAGCAGCCGCGAGGAGGAUUGCCCGGUGUGCCGCCAGAAGCUAUGUUGCUGUGUAGGUUGCCGGUGUAUGGCACAAUGGAUGCUGGCAGAGGGUUCUACACACGUCUGUGCAAUGUGUCAUGUGAGGAAGGACUCAAGGUAAGCAAGAUUGCAACUGGAUUGUACUACGUGCUAGGGUCUGACAACCUUCCUGCAGUGCUGCUGGGGACCCAUGUAGAUGACCUGCUUUGGUGUGCGACGCCAGAAGGAGAAGAGAUCAUGGACAAGAUCAUGGCCAAGUUUGACAUGGGGAAGAUUGAGGACACGGAUUUCCGGUAUUGCGGCCGGAGGUUUAGACAGGAUGCCGACUUCAACGUGACCAUCGACACGGAGGACAACACAAGGUCCAUUCGGCACAUCAGUAUCGAUCCGAACCGCAAGGGCACAGAAGCAGCAACGGAACAAGAUGUGACACGGUUGCGCAGUGUAGUAGGCUCGUUAGCGUGGGUUGCAAGGUACUCGCGUCCGGAUUUGUGCUACCGAGUCAACUGCUUGCAGCGUGCUUGCGCGAGGGCAACAGUGGCCGACUUGAGGGAUGCCAACCGAGUGGUGGAUCUAGCCAAGGCGGAUAUGGGAAUCGCAAUGUAUUACCCAGCGGGAAAAUUCUCAUGGCAUGAUGCGUGUGUGGUCAGCUUCUCGGAUGCAAGCCAUGCCGGAGAAGAAGGGCUACGGAGCCAACAAGGCCGAUUCCACUACAUCACAUCGGAGAAGAUGGUGGAUACCAAUGAGCACGACGCGCACAUCAUCGGCUAUGGUUCGACAACCAUUCGCCGGGUAUGUAGAAGCACCCUUCAGGCUGAAACCUAUGCGAUGCAGGCUGCGGUCGAGAGUGGUGACCGGCUACGGGCUAUUCUAUGCGAGUUGAGGGGCCAGUUGCCGGUCCUCAAGGAUUGGAUGGAAACCACUCAGAAGGUCAUGAGACAUGAAUGGGUUUCCGAUUGCCGGAGCUUGACAGACCAUUUAAAUUCAUGCCAAGCGAGCAAGGUAACCGAUCGACGACUCGCCAUCGAGCUAGAAUCGAUGCGUCAACAACUAUGGGAGGGCGAUAGCAAAACCUACACGGUCUACGAUGGUCAUGGUGACCGCCUUCGCUGGACUGAUACGGCGACACAGCUCGCCGACGCAUUGACAAAGUCGAUGAAGCCAUAUCAGCUUUUCAAGGUAAUGCGUGAAGCCAAGGUUUACCUCAGUGACCCAGAGAAGAAGAUCAAGAAGGGCACACAACAAGGUGACCAGAAAUAUGAUGCCAAUGUCAUGACGGCCUUGCGGGAUCUGGGAAUCAAGGAGAAGCAGUUCGACAUGUACGUGCAGCUGCUUUUCGACCUACCGGAUAAGGAUCCGUCCAGCCAAGGCGAAGCGUCCAUGGGCCUUGAGAAGCUCGUCGAAGCCCUCUGUCGGCUAAGACCCGGGGCCGCCGUGAACCUUCUCGACUGGUCCACGUUCAAAACCGCCGUCCUCCGGAGCCAGGACGAAGUGCAGGAGCGCGUGAAGAAGGUCUACCGCCUCCUGCGGCAGAAAUCGAAGGGUGGCUCGGUGCCCUCGACGCCCAGAAUCCAGCAGCCCAUCCAGGAGCCACCGGCGCAGCCGAAGUCGCCAUGGAAGCUGAGCAACCGGAUCAUGGAUGAGUUGGAGAGAACGCCAAGCUCCGAGAUCCUGGUGGAGCUUCAACGGCGACUAGGCGCCCAGCCCUGUAGGAACUGCCGUGAGAGCGGUUUGGUCAGCAGUGGCGCUGACGUUCUGAGAAGACAGGAACUUGAGUCGGGAACUUUCCACGUGUCAGACCAGUGGAGUCUGAUGAACUGCCUGAAAGAGGGUCACCAAGCUGAAGCCUCCGCUGAGCUCGUCGCUAAAGCAGCCCAGCUGACAAAGCAAGAGAAGAACAAAGCCGUCACGGAAACGCUGGAGGUCGUUCACCAAGAUAUUCCUCCUGCACACAAGCAGGCAGCUAUCACUCCCCGGACGCCUCUGAAGACCGGGACGGCUACACGCGCAAAGCGCUUUAAGCCGGUCAGCGCAAUCGAUGCGGCGGAGGAGGAGAUGCCGGUGGCACUGACAAGCAGGAAGCCCAGGAAGCUGCAGUCCCCGAGAGUGCAGGCGCUCAAAGAGGCGCCGAAGACGCCGAGCCCAAAGCCAGGCUCUGCUGUCUCCAGGGAAGCGCCCUCGGUCACGCCCGGCACGACCUCCAGCGAGAAGGCCAAGGCGAAGUUGGUGGAGACCUGGGAGAGGGAGCUGGAGCUUGAGGAGCUUGAGGUGGGUCAAACGACAGCCCUAGAGGAGCUGGAGCUGGAGCUCAGCUGCCUGGAAGAGCAUGUGAACGUUUUCUGGCUCGCCGGGAAAGAGGAGAUGGAGGAUACGGCAGCAAGCCUCUCCGCUGUCCGGGCGGCUGUGGCAGAGCUGUCGGAAGAGCUUCGCACAGAUGAGGUGCGACAGGCCAUGAGAAGGAAGCAGUCCAGCUCUGCGGUGCAGGCGGGGCACCUGGCCGCAGCCGGGGCCGAGGCAGCGGCUGCGGCGCUGCGGCAGCUUGCGACCGAGAAGGGAACGGAGACAGACUGGCAAAGGACUGCAAUAGGAGGCGCCGUCGGAUACGAUCACCGUGACCUGGGCCGACGUCCAGGCCUUCGCACAGCACCUGACUGCUUCCGCACCCGCUGGUGCUGCUGCUGCUUCCGUGCCGCCGCCACCCCCGCCGCCGCGGCCAGCGCUUGA